AUGAGCCACGAAGGUCAUGGGUUUGGGCGCCGCCAGUCGGUGGUCCAGCAGCGACGGCUAUCCACGCAGUUCCAAGGCAACGCCUGGUCAGGACCGCCGUCGGAUACAAUCUAUGGCGGUGUCUCGGGCUACUUCUCAGACCAUGAGACGUCGACCGUGGCCCUUGCCGUGCGCGACACUACCUACUUACUCGACUUCAUCGAGAAAGACUUUACCCCGGGGGAAGACCAAACACACUCGCAGGCUGCUACGAACUUCAUCAUCGCCGAGCUAAUGGCCUAUUCGGAGGAACAUCUAGAGAAAUUCAUGGGCAUCGCGAUCCCCAAGCACGUCGCAGAAUAUUGCCCGCAGCUAUGCUCCCGCCUGUGGGCCGAGCUGGAUGUAAUCCCACUUGUGCUCUCCGGGACUAGUGUGAUGGACCGGUUUACAAGUCAUGAGACGCCAGAUAUACAGGCGUGGAGGGAACGGACCACAGAUGAACAGGCCGAAUCUAUGGCCCGGAAGUGCGUGCGGCUGUUCGGCCCGGAGAACAUUCCCCUGCUUCAAGUCGGGCUUUUGGGCCAUGUGGAGGUCGAUACGGAUUUCCACGUGCGGCUGACGAACAUCGAGGACUUUGAGGGGACUGUCUCUGCCAAGACAUGGUCUGUCGUGCAGCACUACGCGGCCGAUCUCAAGAAGCGCGAUAUCAAGAUUGCCUUCUUCAGUGCGACGCCUCAGGGUGGAGGAGUGGCCCUGAUGAGACAUUCUCUUGUUCGCUUCUCGCACUACCUAGGCACGAAUAUCAGAUGGUACGUCCCGAAGCCACGGCCGGAAGUAUUUCGGAUCACCAAGACAAAUCACAAUAUUCUGCAAGGUGUGGCACACCCGGAUGAACGUUUCACAGAUCGGAACAAGAGAUUGCUCGAGGAUUGGGUCGAAGAGAAUGCGAGACGGUAUUGGACGAGGCCCGGCGGAGCGCUACUUCCGCCUUCUGAGGGCGGCGCGGACGUAGUGGUCAUUGAUGAUCCGCAGAUGCCAGGGCUGAUCCCAAUUGCCAAGCGUGCAGCUCCAGAUCGGCCCGUCAUCUUCCGUAGUCAUAUCCAGAUCCGAAGUGACUUGAUUGAAAUACCUGGCUCUCCACAGGCCGAAGCGUGGGAGUAUUUGUGGGAUCGGAUCAAGUUCGCUGACUGUUUUAUUAGCCAUCCCGUGAGCGCCUUCGUUCCAAAGAAUGUGCCUCACGAGAUGGUUGGCUACAUGCCUGCCUCAACUGACUGGCUGGACGGGCUGAACAAGAACAUGCGAGAUUGGGAUGUUGCCUUCUACGGCCGCUUCUUCAAUGCAGCAUGCCGGAUCGUGGAUAUGCCGGUGAUCCAGUAUCCCGAAGACGAAUAUAUCAUUCAAAUUGCACGCUUCGACCCAUCCAAGGGUAUCUUCGAUGUGCUAGACGCCUACGAGAAAUUCCACAGACGCCUCGCAUCCGAACGGCCUGACCUGACGCCACCGAAGCUCUUAAUUUGCGGCCACGGCUCAGUAGACGACCCAGACGGGGCUGUGAUCUACGACGCAGCCAUUAACCAUCUAGAAAACAAGAUUCCACACCUGCGCGACCGGAUCUGCAUAAAACGAAUCCGGCCCUCGGACCAAGCGCUGAACGCACUACUCUCCAAGGCCCGAAUUGCGCUGCAGCUGUCUACCCGAGAGGGAUUUGAAGUGAAAGUCUCCGAGGCAAUCCACAAGGGUAAGCCGGUAAUUGCCACGCGUGCAGGCGGGAUUCCGUUGCAGAUCGAGAACAAAAAGAGUGGGUUCCUGGUUGAUGUGGGUGAUACGGAUGCAGUGGCCCAGCACCUGUUUGAGCUGUGGACGGACGACGAGCUGUACCGCCGCAUGUCGGAGUAUGCGCUCACGCAUGUUUUCGACGAGGUUAGCACGGUCGGAAACGGGCUGAAUUGGCUCUAUCUGGCCUCCAAGCUGUCCAAAGGUCAGGUCGUCCAGCCUCAUGGUCGGUGGAUCAAUGAUCUCGCAUUUGGAGAACUGGGUAUCACGGCGCGUGACCAGCCGCCGCGGCUGACGCGGGCUGUUCAGGUGGAGAAGAUGGGAUAG